AUGUCACGUUAUAUUUUCGUUUUUCUUGCGAUGAUUCUGAUCGUCUCCGAGAUUGUGCCCGUGAAAAGGUAUGUGAGAUACAGAUUGACUGCAUUUUUCCUUUAGGCGUGUCAAACGUUUCCAAAACGAAUUACUGAGUCCCUGUAACUUGUAGAUUAUCAGCGAUCGACUGUUACUGGUUGAAUUAUUCGAAAAAUUGCACAAAACAAAACGUUUAAUGAAUCGAUCGGUUUUCACCACAAAAAUUCAUGUAUCGAUCAGUAAUUUUACUCUGCCCGGCGUGAGCAGUUAGUUAAAAAGAUUGCGUUUUGCUAAAGUUUGACAUACUUUUUAGUAGAUACGAAGAAAUUUGUUCUUUCUACGUACUGGGGAACAUCUCUCGCUGAUUUUACAUAUAAGCUUAAUAGAGGUUAUCUAAUUCUUUAAUCAUUGACUGAUCGAAGUGUUUUGAAUAGCCAUCGUCGCAUAUAUUCUUAGUGUUAGUGUUUACACUUUACUGCACAUCCUUUAAUCCGUCGCAAAAACCAGAAUGGAUGUUCCUUUUAAUUUCUUCACACGUAAAGAGCAAAUUUCAGCACAGGUUUCGGACAGGAUUACACGCAUAACCCGAAGAAAUUGACUGUAGUGCUUAUUAUUAUCUCCUGAUUGCAAAUGGACUAUAAGCGUCCUUAAAAAGGUUUCAAUCUUGUCACAUCAUAUUUUUCAGUGCUGGUGACCUUGAGGAUAAGAGUCAGACGAGCAAGCGUAAUGCCAUGUAUCGCUACAGCAAACAAAAUUUGAGGAAGUUUAAUUCCAAGCGUAAUGCCAUGUAU